AUGAUGAUGGAGGAAGAGGAGGACAGAGCACAGUCUGCAGGGUGCAGCUAUCCGUCUGUGAGGAGUGACUGGUCCAAAGAUCCACCUCCAGUCUUCAGUGCUGAACCUGGACCAACGAGCACUGGAGUGCCUCAGGGCUGUGUUUUAAGCCCCCUGCUGUACUCACUGUACACUUAUGACUGUGUAGCCACAUCAGACACCACCUCCAUUGUCAAGUUUGCUGACAACACUGUUGUUGUGGGCCUGAUCUCCGACAACAUCGAGAAGGCCUACCUGGAGGAGAUUAGGAACCUGGAGAACUGGUGCCAGGAGAAUAACCUCCUCCUAAACAUCAGGAAGACUAAGGAGCUGAUCGUGGACUUCACUACAAAGCAGGCGAGGAAUUACAAACCCCUCAUCAUCAUCAGUGGUACGUCAGUGGAGAGAGUGGACAGUUUCCGAUACCUGGGUGUCCACAUCACUCAGGACCUGUCAUGGUCCUUUCACAUCAACGCCCUGGUUAAGAAAGCCCGUCAGCGUCUCUUCUUCCUCAGAAGACUUAGAGACUUCCAUCUGCCACUGAAGGUGCUCAAGAACUUUUACUCUUGCACCAUUGAGAGCAUCCUGACGGGAAACAUCUGCACCUGGUUUGGGAACAGCACCAAGCAGGACAGACGAGAUCUGAAAAGAGUGGUGCGCUCGGCCGAACCCAUUAUUCAAUCAGAGCUCCCUGACCUGCUGUCCAUCUACACCAAGCGAUCAGAGAUGGAGAAGGCUUUACCAGUGCAGCUGCUGGAAAUGUUGAAAGAAAUGGGAGAGGAGGAGCUGAAGCUUUUCCACUUUUACCUGCAGUAUGAACCUGGAAGUGACUUCACCAGAAUCUAUAAGUGCCACCUGGAGAACGCAGACAGACUGAAAACAGUAGAUGUGAUGGUGCAGGCAUAUUCAGACCGUGUGAUGGAGGUGGCGAGGUCGAUUUUAGAGAAGAUGAAUGAAGAGGCUCUUCAAAACUGUCAGCUUAAAUUCAAGUCUAACUUGGAAGGGCAGUUCCAGUGUGUGUUUGAGGGCAUCGCUAAAGCAGGAAACCCAACCCUUCUGAAUCAGAUCUACACAGAGCUCUACAUCACAGAGGGAGGGACUGCAGAGGUCAAUGAUGAACAUGAGGUCAGACAGAUUGAAACAGCAUCCAGGAAACCAGACAGACCAGAAACAACAAUCAGACAAGAAGACAUCUUUAAAGCCUCACCUGGAAGAGAUGAACCAAUCAGAACAGUGCUGACAAAGGGAGUGGCUGGCAUUGGGAAAACAGUCUUAACACAGAAAUACAGCCUGGACUGGGCUGAAGACAAAGCUAACCAGGACAUCCAGUUCAUAUUUCCAUUCACUUUCAGAGAGCUGAAUGUGCUGAAAGAGGAAAAGUUCAGCUUGGUGGGACUUGUUCAUCACUUCUUUACUGAAACCAAAGAAGCAGGAAUCUGCAGCUUUGAAGACUUCCAGGUUGUGUUCAUCUUUGAUGGUCUGGAUGAGUGUCGACUUCCUCUGGACUUCCACAAAACUACAAUCCUGACUGACCCUAGAAAGUCCACCUCAGUGGAUGUGCUGCUGAUAAACCUCAUCAGGGGAAAACUGCUUCCCUCUGCUCGCCUCUGGAUAACCACACGACCUGCAGCAGCCAAUCAGAUCCCUCCACAAUGUGUUGGCAUGGUAACAGAGGUCAGAGGGUUCACUGACCCACAGAAGGAGGAGUAUUUCAGGAAGAGAUUCAGAGAUGAGGAGCAGGCCAUCAGGAUCAUCUCCCACAUCAAGACAUCACGAAGCCUCCACAUCAUGUGCCACAUCCCCGUCUUCUGCUGGAUCAUUGCUACAGUUCUGGAGGAUGUGCUGGAAACCAGAGAGGGAGGACAGCUGCCCAAGACCCUGACUGAGAUGUACAUCCACUUCCUGGUGGUUCAGGCCAAAGUGAAGCAGGUCAAGUUUGAUGGAGGAGCUGAGACAGAUCCACACUGGAGUCCAGAGAGCAGGAAGAUGAUGCAGUCUCUGGGAAAACUGGCUUUUGAUCAGCUGCAGAAAGGAAACCUGAUCUUCUAUGAAUCAGACCUGACAGAGUGUGGCAUCGAUAUCAGAGCAGCCUCAGUGUACUCAGGAGUGUUCACACAGAUCUUUAAAGAGGAGAGAGGACUGUACCAGGACAAGGUGUUCUGCUUCAUCCAUCUGAGUGUUCAGGAGUUUCUGGCUGCUCUUCAUGUCCAUCUGACCUUCAUCAACUCUGGACUCAAUCUGCUUAAACAUCAACAAUUUAAAUUGUCCAAGUUAUUUAGAAAACAAGAUUCAAGCAUAGAAACAGAAUCUGCAAAGAAACUCUUCUACCAGAGUGCUGUGAACAAGGCCUUACAGAGUCCAAAUGGACACCUGGACUUGUUCCUCCGCUUCCUCCUGGGACUUUCACUGCAGACCAAUCAGACUCUCCUACGAGGUCUGCUGACGCAGAAGGGAAGUAGCUCAAAGACCAAUCAGGAAACAGUCCAGUACAUCAAGAAGCAGCUCAGGAAGAAUCUGUCUGCAGAGAAAAGCAUCAAUCUUUUCCACUGUCUGAAUGAACUGAAUGACCGUUCUCUAGUGGAGGAGAUCCAACAGUCCCUGAGAUCAGGAAGUCUCUCCACAGAUAAACUGUCUCCUGCUCAGUGGUCAGCUCUGGUCUUCAUCUUACUGUCAUCAGAAAAAGAUCUGGAUGUGUUUGACCUGAAGAAAUACUCUGCUUCAGAGGAGACUCUUCUGAGGCUGCUGCCAUUGGUCAAAGCCUCCAACAAAGCUCUACUGAGUCACUGUAAACUCUCAGAGAGAAGCUGUGAUGCUCUGUCCUCAGUUCUCAACUCCCAGUCCUCUUCUCUGAAAGAGCUGGACCUGGGUUACAAUAACCUACGGGAUUCAGGAGUGAAGUUUCUGUCUGCUGCACUGCAGAGUCCACAUUGUACACUGGAAACUCUCAGAUUGAUGAGCUGUGGUUUGUCAAAGAGCAGCUGUGUUUAUCUGGCAGCAGCGCUGGAGUCCAACCCCUCCCAUCUGAGAGAACUGGACCUGAGUGAUAACAAGCUGCAGGAUUCAGGAGUGAAGCAGCUGUGUGGUUUUCUAAAAAGCCCAGGAUGUGGACUUGAAACUUUGAGAUUGUGGAGAUGUGGUUUGUCAAAGAUCAGCUGUGAUUAUCUGGCAGCAGCACUCAAGACCAACCCCUCCCAUCUGAGAGAACUGGACUUGAGCUGGAACAACCUGAAGGAUCCAGAUGUGAAACAGCUGUCUGAUCUUAAGAAGAAUCCAGAGUACAGACUGGAAACUCUGGAGUGGUGGUGAUGGUAAACAGGAUGGUGUGUGCACUGAGAGAGGAGCAGCUGUGUCCUGAUGAUCCAGAGAGGUUGAAGCAGCAGCAGCUUGUGUGUAGAGACGGUCUGACUGGGCCAAGUUACUGGGAGGUGGAGUGGAGAGCUUCAUCCAGCAGUGACUGACAGAGGAAUGAGAAGAAGUGCAGCCUAAUUACAUUUGGCCCGCGAAGCCAUACCAAAUUACUAUUAGAGCUGGCC